AUGCUCGGCACCUCGGUGGCUCGCUUCAAAGGCGUCACGGAGCCGGUGUCGACGGCGACGCCUACCGCCGCUGAACUACGACUUACCCGGACGCUUGAAGAGUGCUUGCACGCGAACAACCUGUACCCUUCGCGGGAGGAGCAGCGUCAGCGCUUAAAUGUUCUGGGGGCACUCAACGCGGUUGUCGUCGAGUGGGUUCGGCGGGUUGCGCUGGCGCAGCGCCUCAGUGAGGACGUCGUCGAGGAGCACGGGGCGCGCAUCUUCACAUUCGGCUCGUAUCGUUUGGGUGUGAACGGCCCUGGGGCCGAUGUCGACACGCUUUGUGUCGUUCCGCGUUUUGUUGAGCGCAACCGCUACUUUUUCGGUUUACCGGACGAGCAGGGUAGUCGUGCGCCGACGCAAGUCGUGCUUGCCGACAUGCUGCGCCAGGACGACCGCACCGAGGAGCUCGUUACCGUGGAAUCCGCAUACGUACCAGUGAUAAAGAUUCGGUUUAUGGGUGUGGAUAUGGAUCUGCUGUGUGCGCCUAUCGCUUUGAUGAAGAUACCCAAGAACUUUAACAUCUUGGAUGAUGCCGUGCUGCGGAAUGUCGAUGAUGCGACGCAGCGUUCACUGAACGGCGUCCGGGUGACGGACUCUAUUUUGGAACUGGUGCCCGAUGUAGACACGUUUCGCACGACGCUUCGCUGUAUCAAGUUUUGGGCAAAACGUCGAGGGAUCUACAGCAACGUGCUCGGGUACCUUGGUGGUGUCGCCUGGGCGAUGCUGGUGGCACGUGUGUGCCAGCUGUACCCAAACGCGACCGCUGCUGUGGUAUUGAGUGCUUUUUUUCGCCUCUAUAGUCAGUGGCAAUGGCCCAAGCCUGUGAAACUAUGUCCAAUCAUUCGUCAUCAACAUGCUGGACUGCGCCAGCUUAAAGUCUGGGAUCCGACUGACCCGCGCGACCGGCGGCACCUGAUGCCGAUCAUCACGCCUGCUUAUCCGUCCAUGAACAGCACGUACAACGUGACGCAUAGUACACUGCGUAUUAUGAUGGAAGAGUUCGCCCGGGGUCAGCAGAUAUGCGCGGAUGUACUUGCGGCUGCCGGGUCUGACGGUACGGGCGUCUCCCCGCGUGACUGGGAACGUCUGCUGGAGCCGUCCGAUUUUUUCGCCCGUUAUAAGCAUUACUUACAGAUAGAGAUAACCGCUGGUAAUAUGGAUGACUUGAAAAAGUGGCGCGGGCACGUGGAGUCGCGUCUGCGACUCUUGGUGCAGAGACUCGAAGUGCUGCCUCCGGUCUCGGUUCAUCCCUGGCCUGAGGCCGACGAGAGAGGCACUUCCGUUUUCUUCUAUUUCGGUCUUCGCUUGGAAACCGAUAAAAUCGCUCGGGAAGAGGGCACGAAACGUGCUCGUAUUGACCUGAACUCUCCGGUGGAGUCCUGGCUAUCGACUCCGGACCCGCGGGAUACACGCAGUGUUCCGGUGCUGCACUGGCCGGAGCGCACACCGGACAUGCUCGUGCACGUGACUCCGCUGAAGCGUGCACAGUUACCAGAAUCUUUGCGCGUGCAGCGAAAACGUCCAGCUGAGACUGAUCCCUCCGCUGCCGCUGCUCCUGCAGCGCUCCAAGUCGUGACGAAAAAGUCGCGCUCGACCCCGGACGGCGCUUCUGCGUCCCUGCUUCGUGCUCCAACGGAGACGUGA